UAUCAUCCUAUCCUUAUCUUCGUCUAUAACAGAUGGUGAGGUAUAGUCGACUGCUCGAAAUCCUCUAAACUGAACCUCUGGCUAUUCUUCAAAAAUUUUGUAGGACUCCAUUUUAGGAGGGGUUCUAGUGAACUCUGUGACAAGUCUUUACAGAGUUAACAAGGAUGCCUGUGUCUGUGGAUGGACCUCUUCUGUGUCCAGCAUGCGGCUCAAAGCAAGAGGUACCUCCAGGGUCAGCAGGUCAGGAGGAGUACGCGGGGACCUGCAUCAGCUGCGGCUUCUACAUGAAACUACGACUACAACAGGGAGCUAGCGACGGCGUCACCUUCACAGUGAAUGGCAUUCAGUGCACAGUGGGAGAUGAGUUUAACCCCGCCACAUCCCUCAACGAGUACCUGAGGAGGACAGGUGUGUCUCGGGGUACGAAGCAGCUGUGUAUUGAAGGAGGGUGUGGGGUGUGUCUGGUGGCCGUGAAACUGUACGAGCCGGUCAGCGCCACGUCACAGGUGUACGCAGUCAACUCGUGUCUAGUCCAACUGUACAUGUGUGACGGGUGGGAGAUAACGACCAUCGAAGGACUGGGCAAUGUCCGAACUGGCCUCCAUGCAAUACAAAAGCGUCUGACUAAGUACAAUGGAGCUCAGUGUGGCUUCUGUAGCCCCGCCCAAGUAAUGAAUAUGUAUGGUUUGCUUCAGAGAAACCCCACACCCACCAUGCAGCAGGUUGAGGACGCCUAUGAUGUCUCUAUUUGUCGCUGCACAGGCUACAGAUCAAUCUUGGACGCCAUGAAGUCUUUUGCUACAGACGCUCCAUCCAGCCUACAAGGAGGCAUGAUUGAUAUCGAGGAUUUGAACCCCAAGAUGUGCAAGCAGACGGGAAAAAGAUGCGAGGGCAAGUGUGACAAGAAGUCUGACAAGAAGAGUUGUUCCAGUGAUCGACAGCAAGACAGCGGUUCCCUGGGUAACGUGGGCGCCAGGGCUGUGUGGUUCAAACCCACCACACUGCAAGAACUUUACUCUCUGCUCCAUCAGCACCGCACGGACAACUACCGCCUGUUCUUUGGCAACACUGGCUAUGGUGUGUACAAAGAGAUCGGACCGUGGAUGUAUGACAAAAUGAUUGACAUCAGAGGAAUACGUGAGCUGUACAGGAUUGAGUUCACUCCCUCGCUGGUGUGGGGCGCUAACCUGACGCUGACCAACAUCCACGACCUGUGCGACAAGGCGCGCAGCAACGCAUCACUGCCGUACGCCGCCGUCUUCGCGGAGCACAUCAAGAAAGUGGCCAACAAUGGCGUCAGGAACCUGGCAUCAUGGGCAGGCAAUCUGAUGCUGAAACACAGACAUCCAGAGUUCCUCUCUGACAUCUACACCAUGCUGGAUGUUGUUGGUACCAGACUCCUGAUUGGCGACGAUUUGGGAAACAAAAGCCAGUGUACACUGAAAGAAUUUCUCAGCCUGGACAUGCAGGGCAAAGUCAUCGAGGCAGCCUUACUCCCAACCUACACCGACACCAACAACUACAUCCGACUUUAUCGUGUUUCACAGCGACUACAGGCUGACCAUGGUCACGUGAUAGCAGGGUUCAACAUGAAGAUAGACAAGACCAACAACUGCACGGUGCUACAACGACCAACUAUCGUGUUCCAGGGCAUCAGUGGCACUCUGAACCGUGCUGAAAAUACAGAGACCUUUCUAGAAGGGAAGCAGUUGGGUGAUCCUCAAGUUCUCAAAGACUGCUUUUCCAUGCUGAGCAUUGAGCUGACCCCUGCCAGUGACCCUCUACUGGCCAGUGCUGAGUAUCGCCGAAGUGCUGCGAUGUCAUUCUUCUACAAGUACGUGCUGGACGUGUGUGGAGACAAGGUGGCUCACAGGUAUCAGAGUGGCGGCGCCAGUCUGGUGCGCCCAGUGUCGUCAGCAAGUCACUCGUACGACACUCGCAGGGAGGAGUGGCCCCUCAACGAGCCCAUGACAUCCGUUGACGCAGACUACCUGGUUUCUGGAAUGGUUCGAUACCUUGAUGACAUCCCGCAGGAGAAAAACGAGCUGCACGCUGCCCUUGUUAUCAGCAAAGAGGGAACGCUGACAUCGCCUCCAUUGACGCCCAGGUGGCGCUGUGUUUACACUUUACCAGGGGUGUACAAGUUUAUCCAAGCAUCUGAUUUUCCAGCCGGCGGAAAAAAUAAUUUCAACCUGUUUGGUCAAACGCCAGAGGAGAUUCUCUCAAGUGGUCGCGUGGAGUAUGCCGGCCAACCCAUUGGCAUCAUUGUUGCAGACGAUCCUCAGAUGGCAAGUACAGCUGCCUCCAUGGUCAAUGUGACCUACAAGAAUGUCCAGCCUCCGUUGGUGAACCUCAGGACGGCCAUCAGCCAGAAGUCGUUCUUUCCCCAUCAGAGGGAUCCUGUCAUCAGAGGUGACCCAGACUUGGCCAUAGCCCAGUCCCCCCGUCGCCUGACUGGGUCUAUAGAGGUAGGAGACCAGUACCACUUCUACCUGGAGUCACAGAGCAGCAGGUGUGUCCCCAACGACACGGGGGGCAUGGACGUGCGGGCGACAACCCAGUGGGUGGACGGUACAGCAAAGGUUGUGGCAGAGGCCCUCAACAUCCCAGUCAGCAGAGUAAACAUGGAAGUCGAACGCAUAGGAGGCGCUUUCGGAGGGAGGAUCACUCGCAAUGGAAUGGUCUCUGGAGCAUGCGCCUUGGCUGCCUACAUCAUGCAAAGGCCAGUGCGCUUGGUGAUGGACCUGCACACAAAUAUGAAGUCGCUUGGAAAACGUCUCCCGUGUGUUGGCGAGUACGAGGUGGGAUUUACCGAGGAAGGAAAGAUGAACGGAAUCAAAUUCACUUACUACUUAGACUGCGGUCACAAUGAUGCUGAAUCAGGAGCAUUUUAUGUUCCCACGUACAUCGACAAUGUGUACUAUAUUCCAAACUGGAAUCUUACAACAGUCUCUGUGAAAACAAAUAAACCAACCAACACCGCCUGCCGUGCUCCAGAUGCCCUGCCGUCUGAGUUCAUGAUCGAGACUGUGAUGGAGCAUAUUGCGAAAUCCCUCAACAAGGACCCCACGGAAAUUCGAAAACUUAAUUUCUACCAAAAAGGGCAGUUUGCUCUGAACGGCACAAGGCUGGACUACUGCAACAUCGGGGACAUUGUUUCCCAGAUAGAAACAUCUUCUGACUUUGAAGCCCGAAAACGUCACGUGGCCGAGUUUAAUCAGGCAAACCGUUGGAGAAAGCGUGGCCUUUCCCUGGUCCCCACAAGGUAUGGGAUGGCCUGGACAAUGGGAAAGUACAGCGUGUUUGUGGCCAUCUUCCACUCAGAUGGCUCCAUCGCAAUCGAACAUGGCGGCAUCGACAUGGGACAGGGAAUAAAUACAAAGGUGGCGCAGGUGUGCGCCUACGAGCUGGGUGUACCCAUGUCGCUGAUCCAGGUCAAAAACAAUUCUUCUACCGUCAACGCCAACUCUGUCGUCACCGCAGGCUCCAUGGGCAGUGAGCUGUGCAGCAUGGGAGUUAUCCAGUGUUGUCAGAGACUGAAGGCGAACAUGGCGCCAGUUCGGAUGAGGAUGCCGACAGCGCCAUGGAAGGACAUUGUUAGCGAGUGUUACCGCAGCGGAAUCGACCUUUCAGCCCACGCCUACACCAACCCCGUCAGCCAGUUCCCCAACCAGUACAGUGUGUACGGAGCUGCCGUGGCGGAGGCGGAGGUGGACAUCCUCACCGGCCAGUCACAGAUCAACCGCGUGGACAUCUUGUACGACUGCGGCGAAAGUUUGAAUCCAGAAAUAGACAUCGGUCAAGUGGAGGGUGGAUUUAUGAUGGGUCUGGGAUGUCACCUGCUGGAGGACAGCAAAUUUGAUCGAACUGGAGUUCUUCUCACGGAUGGAACUUGGGAGUACAAGCCACCCUUACCUAAAGACCUGCCGAUAGAUUUCCGGGUGAACUUGUUGAGAAACGCACCCAAUCCUGUCGGGGUACUUCGGUCCAAAGCCACCGGCGAGCCUCCGGUUGCCAUGAGCAGCUCCGCCCUCUUCGCCAUCAAGCACUGUGUGGAGGCUGCACGUGCAGAGAUAGGUCACGACACGUACUUCCCACUGAAUUCACCUGCACUGGUGCAGCAUGUCCAGACAGCCUGCCAGGUGAACCCUACUCAGUUCACUUUUGGAAACUGAUCGUCUGUCCACGAACUGUGUUAUACCAAAGGAACUGAUGAAGAGUGAAUACAACUGCUGAUUAGCCAAGACUGUGCCAAGAUUGCUGCCAAAAUUGUUUCUAAACUUUACUAAAAAUAGUUUCAAUGAUUUUAUCAAGAUUCUUUUAAAAGGUGUAUGGUGUACUUGUUUUCUUAGGGCUUCAUAACCCAUUUUUUUAAUCAAGCACAAUAUAAAUAUAUGUUCAUAACCCAUUUUAUUACAGUACCAUGCUAAGCGCGAUAUAUUCGCCAUGAACAUUUUACUAACACAUCAGCACAAAGCCAGUCUGCAAGUCUGGAAACUCCAUGGCUUCGAAUAUCACCGAUGAAAGCACAGACAACAAACAUCACGUUUUAUAACUUCUGGUGAACAGGCAACAUUAACUUGAUUGUGUAUCUUCAACUCCAUUAAAACAAAAAGUGUUUACAUGAAACAACUCUGACUUUAACAUUGAUAUCGAUGUAAAUACAUUCGUAGGAGGAUUUAUUUUCUUGGAAUUCGCGUGGAAGUGGGAAAAUGCGCUCAAUAGAUGAUGAUGAUGAUGACGAUGAUUUUUCUUCUUCUUCUUUAUUAUUAUUAUUAUUAUUAUUAUUAUUAUUAUUAUUAUUAUUAUUAUUAUUAUUAUUAUUAUUGAUUAAAUCUUACUACGUGAAAAUAGUUGUAAAACGCAUGAAGCUGCUGUUACGAUGCGCAUUUUAUUUUCUUGUUUGUUAUUUCUAACAAUUUUGUUUUGUCACAUAAAGGCUUAUAAGCAGAAA